UGACAUUAAUGCAGUGUAAGCCGUCGGCCGUGCCAUUUAAAUUUUAGGUAGCCAAUCCAAAAUUGAUAGUACCUACCUAAAAUGUAGGGAAUUUUUUCUAAAUGUUUUUUGUACAUGGUGCUGUUCCUUUCUUAAGUUUGUAAGAUAUAUAUGUAUCAAAUUAGUGAAUAAAUGCGAAUAAAAAACGUAUUUAUUGUACCGUUUAACUAUUAGAAUAAAACAAUGUUAUUUAGUAAUUAAUGAUUGAACAAAUUUUAGUUUGAAGUAUUUAUGAGUAGUAAUGAUUGAUAUUCAUUUUUGUUAAUUAUAGUCUAUUGAAACUAUUCUAAUAUACUUAUUAAUAUUUUCGUACUUCAGUAACUUUAUAAAUCUACGGUUCUCAUUUACAUUUUCAUUGCAAAUAAAAAGAUCCAAUAAUGAUGUAUAAGGAGAACAUAAAGAAAAAAGAUAUUAUUGUGAUCCUCAUAAACCUUAUGGUGCUAUUCCUAGUUGUGUAUAUUUAUUUUAUUGUUGAAAAUUUGAAAAUGAUUUUUUUCAAUGGAGUCCCAUGCGUAUUGAAAACAUCAAAAUCUGGAAGUUUAUUCGAGGGUAGCAAUGACGAAUUUGUUUUUAGCAAUGAAAAUAAACAACAUGUGGUCAUUAGAAAGGCCAGAUCACUUUCGGAAACGACAUUUCAAAAAUCAUCUCUGUUCUCUUUGGCUCAAACGAACAUAGAUUUUGAACAAAACGGUGUUUUGGGACCAUGGAUACUAUCUAACAAGAGUUCGUCAGUGAAUAUGCCAACACCUGUCAAAUUAACAUCUAGAAGAACUAUAUUAGAAAUUCUGGAUGAUGGGCUCUAUCUAAUUUACAUUCAAGUAUACUAUUUGUCAUCUACAAAAAGAAACAGUUUUGCUGUAACGAAGUUGUCUUCUAAUAUUAACGACACAUUGGCAGUAUGCAGUUGUAUGGGUGAUCUGGGUGCUGAAAUGUCCUGUUUUACAUCAAUUGUUGACUAUUUCAAAGUGGGCGAAUCUAUAUCAGUUAGACUUCGCGAAAAGCUCUCUUCUGGAAUGCUUCUCAGUCGUAAAGGUACUCAUACUUAUUUGGGACUUACCAAGUUAUCAUGAUAACAUACUUAACUCUGUGAUUUAAAAAAGAAAUUUAAAACAGUAUUAUUUUUAAUGUUAUAUUAUUUUAACAAUUUUUUUUGUAUUUAAUAAGGUUAGCAUUUUUUUUUGUUAUUAAAUAUAUAUGAACUUAAAAGAAGUUGUUUUAUUUUAUCCAUUUAUAAUAAUAAUUAUUCAGAAAAAAUAACUUAAUUUUAAUUUUAUCUUAGGAUUAUAAAUAAGACUGAUGACAAUAUCAAACAACUAUGGUUUUUAUUAUAUAUUUGUAAUAAUAUAUUUAAAGUUAUUCUAUAUUUCUUUUAAGACCUUA